AUGUCUGUCUAUCAAAUUCUUGACUUCAAGAUCCCUCCCGAAUACGAGGCUUCACUUGCAUCGUUGACUCGGCUAUGCGACGAGCAUACGCUAUUGAAUCGGCUAGACGGACAUGGAACCCGAGAGUUGUGUGAUGGAUUAUCCGAUCCAAGUACUCUGCUCCGAUUCCUGGCUGCCCGUCGAUUUGAUCCCGAGGCCGCGCUCGAGCAAUUUAAAGAAGCAUUCCAAUUUCGCCAGCAGAAGUCUGUGCUGAAAUUAUAUGACAUAAUGCCAAUCAGCGAUUUUGAACAGGCUCGGCAAUUUUAUCCCACUUGGACAGGUCGGAGAGACAAGAAUGGUCUACCGAUAUGUAUGUUUGAUCUCGCCUAUCUUGGUAAAGAUGAAUUAGCAUGCUGGGAGAAGACUCGGAAACGGCCAGGCUGGAGAAAUUCUCCAUCCGAAGAAGAUUGGCCACCAAUGCCGGACAUGUUACAGUCAGCCUCUAUUUUCCACGAUAGUCUGACCCGUUUUGUGCUUCCAUUAUGCUCCAUGAUGAAAGACCGACCAAACUCGUUGGCUCCGAUAACAAGCUUCGUUUAUCUCGUGGACGCAUCCAAUCUUGGCCUAAAGCAGGGAUGGAGCGUUAGAUCAUUUGCCCAGGAAAUUAGUUGGCUAUUAUCGACCUGCUAUCCUGAAACUAUCCAACGCGUUAUUGUAUGCAACGCUCCGUCAUAUUUCACUACGAUCUGGAAAUACCUCAAAGGUUUCAUCGAUCCUCAUACAGCAGAGAAGAUCGUUGUUCUCCUGAACAAUGAAGUUUUGCCAUCCCUCCGGGAGCACAUCGAUGAUGCAAAUAUCCCGGAUAUAUUUGGCGGUGGCCUUUCUUUCAAACAUGGAAUGUUACCGGACCUUGACAAUAACAUCCGGCAGCGUUUGAACUGGGACUCACCAGAGAAGUCUUUGCCCCCCGGUCCCAUCAAAUGGGCUCAAGAGUUAGACAAGGUCGUGGCAUUAGCUGUUGGUAGCCAGGAUGGCUCUGCGAGACAUGAAAAGAUCGCAGAAGUUGAUUGCGCGAAAUAG